GGUAUGUGCGCGCGCGCCCUCCAGCAUCCUGGUCUGACGGGCUCCCGUUCUCAAUUUCGUCAAUUGGUUCUUCUGGUCCUUGGUCCGCGGUCGUCUCGGUCGCGCCGUCGCUCCCCUGGCUCUCUCUCCCCCCCCUCUCUCUCUGUCUCUAUCUCUCUCUUGUGUACCCUGUGUUGAUUGGAUUCGUGCGCGGGAGGGAAAGAGACUGAUGUAGACAUCGUAUUUGCCUCCGUUCUCCUUACUGCGUUCCCGAGAUAUGGAGUUGUCUACGGGGUAGGCGCAGUGGAGGAGGUAUCCUCUUCCGAUUAGAGCAUUUUGGUCACCGUCGAUUUCUCUCGUUGACAUCGCCUUGUUGGCUAUGCUCGGUCAAAAUACUUGAACUGUACAAAAUAGACCGCUUGCCUUCUUAAUAGGGUUCAUCUCUUUGCUGGACACCACGUCCCUAACACAACUCGUGGUGGUCAUACUCAUCUUCCAUUCGGUGGCACGAGAACUUUGCUGGGAGGGAAAUCGACGGAUCUUUUUGACUGCGGCGGGCACUGCGCUCGCAAGGUGAAGUGAGGCUGUACGUAGACAUACGCAGACAUAAACAUUUAUACACACACACACACAGACACACACACACACACACACACACACACACACACACAGAGAGAGAGAGAGAGAGAGAGAGAGAGAGAGAGAGAGAGAGANAGAGAGAGAGAGAGAGAGAGAGAGAGAGAGAGAGAGAGAGAGAGAGAGAGAGAGAGAGAGAGAGAGAGACACGAGAGAGGAGUGUGCGCCCUGUGAAAAUUGCUAGUGCCAGAAGAUAUCGCUCCCGGAAUGGACAUGGAGGGGUGGUGAAGUGGUCGGUCGACGCAAAAUUUAGGCACCGGUGAAGCUGCACGUGUCUGUUUGUUUUCCAUCGAUAAUCUGCUUCUUCUCGUUGAAACAGGGUGAACGGGGGAUAUUGGGAAGAUGAUUGCAUUUCUCUCGGCGGAAAGCCCAGCGCCAAGGAGGGUUGGUAUAGUGAGCGGCAGCAGUUGCGGCAUCGAAUCAGUGACUUGGGCGCCGUGUGCGACGCAGCGUAUUGAGAUCGUGAGCGGCAGGCGCAGUAGACUGGCGCAGGCGGCCGCGGGGACGUGUUGGAAGAUCGGUAUCUUUCUUGGCCGCCUUGGCACCGAGAAGGUGCUUGAGACUUGUGCGAGGGAACAGAUCGGUAUUCUGCGCGGUGACGGCGGGUACAGCGGACGACGGUAGCGGCGACCGCAGCUCUGUGUGGGCGACCGGUGUGUGUGGCAUAUCAUGUGAUGUGAUUUGAAGAGUCUGGGCGACCGGUCGUCGAAAUGAAUCGACAAUACGCGCCUGCGACCGGGCUCGUGGCGUCCAGUCCUGUGUUUUCCAUGGCCGCGAUCGUGCGGCAGAAGGUUAGGAAAGGCAGGAAGAGGCCUGACGUUGUUCGGGCAUCGAUUGAUGAUCAAGCGGUGACCAAUGUAGACACAAGCAGAGAUAUGUAUGGCUUCGCUGUGCGUCCACAGCACGUGGCUCGGUACAAGGAGUACUCGCGGAUCUACCAGGAAGAAGAGACAGAGCGUGCAGAACGGUGGGAUCACUUCUUGACGUCGUACGUUGAGCCAGGAUGUGAAGCUUCUCCUGCCAAUGCGGAAAGAAACACGCUUGCGACCCACUCUCUUCCACGUGAGCUUGAGGCAAAUGGGAGAAUUGAGUCUGACAAGGCUAGAGAGAGCUCAGCAGACUCUCUUCCCAGCCCGGCAACACGUUCUGAAAGUGACGCAACUGCCUUGCAGUCUCCCUCAGCAGUGGGAAAUGGAGGAGAGCCUGUUCGGUCGUGGUCAAUGUGCCGGCGCUCACUUUGGGCAGUAGAGCAAGCACUGAGGCUUCAGGCGCGAAAGCAUGGAUUCGCUAAUGUGCAUGCAAGUGUUUCGUCUGAGUCGACGGAGGACGCUGGUCGUGCUGACGAUAAUGAGGCAUGCGUCACGCCGACUACUACGGCUACCGAACAUGAAGAGACGAAGAAGAAAAGGCACAGGAAGCCUACAACAAGUGAUGCGGGUCUUCUCACAAUAAUGAGGCGCAAGUCCGGGACCGUCCUUCCUCUGGACGCCGUUUUGGUGGACGAUCUGCAAACGGCAUUCAGACAACAAGACAAUCGGGCAGGGACACGUCAUGGGAUGCAUGUGUAUGAUCGCUCUGUAUCCUGCGUAAACGGUGGAGAAAGUAUGCAGUUUGGACUGCUACGAACAGUGUCAUUGCCACCGCUCAAAAGGGUCCCUUCUUCAGAGACUAAGCUAGUUAUUGCUGUUGACACUGGUGAUAAUGCUGGGCUUGGGCAGCAGCUGCCAAGGCUGCAAGAGACCUCCGCAGCCUCAGAAGAGCUGCUGAAUGCUGUGGCAACUGAUAAGGAUGAGAAGUCCGGUGCCGUGCAGCUGGAGGGUGAUGCUGCGAUUGUAAAACGAGAGUUGUUGAAGGACCGUUCUGCUUCUGACGAGUAUGUCAAAUCACUGGCCUCGGUCGAUGUUGCUGAGGCUCCGGAUGACAGUUCUGCUUCUGUAAAUAAAAAUGCAUGGGAAGCAGUGUCCAAGGCCAUCUGCAAAGAUGUCACUUCUGGCGAAACCAGUGAGGGAAGUGAGAGGUUUGAGGAUUGUGAAGAGAGUGAUGGUGAAUGUGCAGAAGUAGCAGAAAAGGGCGGUGAACAUGUUACCUCGGACGGCACAGUUGGGUGUCCCAAAGAGCCAUGGGAGAAAGUGGAGGCGAAGGUCGUCAAGUAUGAUACCGAGAGGGAGUCGGGUGGUGUUGAACCGCCCGCUGAACAAGAGAUCAAGACAAGGUCUCAUGAUGGAAGCGACCGAGAAGAGCUUGAGGAUGUGCCAUUGGGCCCCUUCAAUGAUGGAGGAGAGAGCGAGGACGAGGGAACCUCCCCCACUGGGAUGGGGGAAGACUUGCAGGGAGGAGUAAAGCAGCAGCAGCAGCAGCAGCAGCAGCAGCAGGAAUUGUUAUCUAACGGUUGGGAUGAGAAGCGCCAGGAAAAUAAAUUAGAAAAGCCGACUAGGGAUGUGAAAGUGAAGGUGGGAGAUAAUGACGAGGAGACUAAUGGACACACGGAUGACAAGGAAGAUGCACCUGUUGUUUGCACCUGGCAUGAUGAGCUACGAUCGCUUGUCCGCGGAGGAGUUCCAAUGGCAAUGAGAGGAGAGUUAUGGCAGCUAUUUUCAGGUGCAAAAUGGCGGAAGAUACCUGGACAUUACAAUGCGCUAUUAGUCUUGCUUGCAGAUGGAGGCGGCGAUGGUGAUGGAACAGGAGGUUUGAAUACGGAGAGCAGGUCUGCUGCCAACUAUCAGAAGACAGAGAAUGGUAUUCUUGAGAAGUGGACCAGCCAAAUUGAAAAGGAUCUGCCAAGGACAUUUCCUGGCCAUCCAGCUCUGGAUCAGAAUGGAAGGAAUGCACUGAGGCGUUUGCUUACGGCCUAUGCUCGUCAUAAUCCCUCUGUUGGCUACUGCCAGGGAAUGAACUUUCUUGCGGCGCUUUUGCUACUCUUGAUGCCGGAGGAGGCUGCCUUCUGGUGUCUCGUUGCGAUAAUUGAUGACUACUUUGAAGGCUACUAUACGGAAAAGAUGGUCGAAGCACAGGUGGAUCAACUCGUUCUCGAUAAUCUUGUCCGGAAAUAUUUUCCCAGAGUCGUUUCUCAUCUUGAUUCACUAGGAGUGCAGGUGGCUUGGAUAAGCGGGCCUUGGUUCCUUUCGGUAUUUGUCAAUGUAUUGCCAUGGGAAUCAGUUCUGCGAGUUUGGGAUGCACUUUUGUAUGAAGGGAAUCGAAGCAUGCUAUUUAGAACUGCUCUAGCUCUCAUAGAUAUGCAAGCCCAAGCGAUAUUGGCAACCAAGGAUGUAGGUGAUGCGGUCAGCGUGCUGCAGAAUAUGGCAAGUUCUACAUUUGAUAGCAGCCAACUUGUUUUGAUCGCAAGCAUGGGUUAUGCGGAUGUUACAGAGGAGCUCCUGUGCAGUGUUCGCGAAGAGUACAGACCAUCUGUGCUUGAGAGUGUGGAGGCAAGGACGAUUGAACUUUCACGGUGGAGAACUACCUCGGAUGAGAAGCGCAAUGAUAAAUCAGAACCAACGAGUAGAAGAUUUGACUAUGAGCCUGAGAGUGAGGACGAUCGGCAUCAGCAAGAUUCCACAAAGAGCAGUCCUCUGAUUGAAGACAAGAUGCCCGUCGAGCACGAUGGCCGAAAAAAGGAGGAGAGGAUCACAUGGUCUGAUGAUGAAUCUUUUGAUGUGACUGAGCUUAUCACCCAGGUGAAAUGGCUAAAGGGAGAGUUGGCUAGAGCAUUGGAGGCUGAACAGUUAUUAUCAAUGAGGUUACGGGAGUUCAAUGCCAUGCGGGAUCAACAACGAGUGUUGAAUGAAGAGAGAGCAGCAUUGAAAGAGCAGGUUGAGCUCAUGCACAUUGAACUUAAGGACACCAAGGAGUUGUUGAGGGAGAAGGAGGACCAUACAAAGGCUCUGACGGAGGUUAUGGUCAGGAUGGAUGAGGAGCAGCGAGCUACGGAGGGACACCGUCUGCAGGCCGAAGCUAUAGCUUCAAGCCUGGAGAAGGAGCUCGCAGAAGAGAAGGUCUGCGCUAUCAGAGUCCCAGGAUCAACAAGACAGCUCCAGUAGACUUUUUUCUGCCCUGAUUUCCCCCGGCCUGAAGCCGCGUCCACCGAUUUUCUUUACUUGAGAGGGAUAUGGAUGGAUAACGCUGUUGUCAUAUUCACUCUUUCGUAGCCGUAUAGGUUGGUUGCAACUCCUACCUUCCCUGCACCUCUUCCCUCCCCCUUGGCUCGUGCACCCCCGAGGCGUUUGUCCUCCCCCUUGCUUGGUCCCCCUUCCCUCUGUGUCAACACCCAGCCAUUGGCCACUCUCUUUGGCCGCUUAAAUCGUGCGCAUCCCAGCAUCCGUCAUGCGGCAUUGUCGAUGCUAGGCUGCUUGUCUUCAAAUUUGCGAAUCUAAAUUGAAUUGCUCUCCUGUGAUGCUUGCGUCACUCUUGUGAUGCGUUCCUAUGAUGGUUAAUGCGAGAUGGUGGAUUUCGCAGUCCGUGGCGUGGUUUAGCAAAUGGUUCAAGUAGCCCCUCCUUUCUUUCGUGAAGAUUUCUGAGAGUAGCUUGCCAAGCAGCCCAUUCAGACCAUCUCUGCUGUCGUUCCCAGAGUGCAGCAUUUGUACGAGGAUGCUGCUGGUGGGGCAAGGUUAAGAUGGUGGAGGUGUUUCCAGCGGAAAGGGGGGAGAGGACGGAGUGGGAAGCAGGUGAAGGAGCCAUCUGCAUACAAAGCAAGGUUUCUUGUAUGUGGAUGCUGCUGCUGGGCAAGGUUAGUUGAUAAGGUUAUAUAUAAAGUUUUGUGAGGGGGAAGAGAUGGGAGGGGGGAUAGGAGAGCCAUGCGUCGAGGUCGUUGUUUUUGUUUCUAAGCCACGCCACAUGUGAAGUUUAGGAGGGGUCGACAUCAGUUUACUCGUUGAGGCCAGCAGUUGCUGCACAGAACGAGAAGAGUUUGGCAUAUUGAGCAUGAUGAACCAAGACAAUCGGUAGGUCUGUGUACAUUACUGGUGUGUCUGAUGGCAUUCAGGGGGGUUUUCAACAUGAGCCCAGGCUCGGUUGACGGGACCACUGGCACUCCUGAAGGUUCUGCAAAGGGAGAGUAGAAAAUAGGAAGGCUUCGAUUGGCAGGGAGAGUAGAAAAUAGGGGAGGCUACGAUAGCUGUUGGCCAGUGAUUGGCAGGGUGUGUUCAUUUGCAAGAGUUGUUUACUAGAGGAGAACCAGCUUUUGUUGGAGUAUAACUUAUUAAGCGUGUUUUCUGUACGAUGGGUGAGCUCUCGAACCGCAGGGUCCGACCAACCAAAUGCAGAGCGGUUUGGAAUAAGCGGUCAGGCAAGUUUGCGGCAGCAGUAUCUGUAAAAAGGAAGAAUCCAGAGGAGGUCGAUGCUUUUCAUCAGCUUUGAGGACAGUCGCUGUUGUUAAUGGUUGGGCCAAGGCCAAUCUAUGAUGGAAUGCAGAUUUGGGUAUGUCCAAUUUCUUUGUUAACCUACCUUUCCGUGUCGGGUAAAUUAUCACUGUGCGAUCGAGGGAUCGAUCGGCUCAAUCACAAGCUCUUAAGGUGUGUCUUCUCGUCUUUCUCGGCUCUUAAGGUCCCAGUAUCUGUGUUCCAGGUCCCAUUGUCUUUGUUCAGGUCCCAGUAUGGUAUCGUCUCAUGCUUGUCCCACGUCCCAUUAUCCAUGCCUUAUAUCCCAUGUCCUAUGUUUCUUGUCCCGUGUCCCAUGGUCUUUGUUCCAGGUCCUAUUAUCUUUGUUCCAGGUCCCAUUGUCUUUGUCCCAGGUCCCAUUAUCUUUCUUCCUUGUUCCAGGUCCAAUUAUCUCUGUUCCAGUUCCCAUUAUCUUUGUUGAAGUUUGUUCCUUGUUUCAGGUCCCUUCUUUACCUUUGUUGCUUGUUCCAGGUCUCAUUAUUUUUUUUUCCAGGUCCCAUUCUCUGUGUUGAAGUUUGUUCCAGGUCACAUUAGCUUUGUUCCAGGUCCCAUUAUCUUUGUUGAAGUCUGUUUUCCUUGUUCCAGGUCCCAUUAUCUUUGUUCCAGGUUCCAUGUAUGUAUGACACAUUCAUGUGUCCCUUUCCAUGUGUUUUUGCCAUGCAUCCACUGUUUCUAUUUCAUCUGGUUUUUGCCUGCCCCACACUUCACUUCCAACCCGCCGCUCUCCAACCCAACACAUGCAGUUCAUUGCAUCUGGUCAUUGCCACCUCUUUCUCUUUUGUUACCAUGUGCAGAAAGUUAGUUAAGUACAGUCUUUUUUUUUUUUUUUCCCUUUUAAUGAGCAUGAUGGCGAUCUGUGGUAUAAAGCCGUCCAGCCUACCGGGGCUUUGAGGAGGAAUCACAUGUUGUCAUGUGUGAAGGUCACAACCAUCGCAAACAGCGGUCUUCUGCUCUAUAAGAGAGUCUGGAAUACUCUGUACUCAAUUAUUCCCUAUGCAACUCUUCUCAUACCCUCCCUUUUCGUUUUUUUCCCCUUUUUCCCCCUCCUUUCUUUUGACAUCCAUCAUAGGGCAGCCCAUUCGACGUCUACGCAGCGCAGCUUGGUAGC